GAUUGUUUUAUUCGCAAUUAGGAGAUCACCGGAAAAUUUAAACGGAGACGCGAUUUCCCGAUUAUUAGCGAUCGGAUUCUUCGCCGGAGCACAGAUAGUUUCAAGUUUCACUUUGCUUACCAGCGGAGAUUCUAGACUAACUGAAAUCGCUGCGAAGAAGAUGAACUCCGAAGGAAGGUGAUGAAAAUUAAGAUCGACACUACCCAAAAUUCGCGAAGAUGAUGGCGAUUUCUCUUAAAUUGAAUUUGGUUUUGUUCAUAAUCGUAAUCGGAGGAUCCAUUUUCCGAGUCUCUUGUUCUCCGUUUAACUCCACCGAUCCUUGUGACGGAAAAUGCGGUCGAUGGAUUCUUCCUUAUCCGUUCGGGUUUUCAAACGGUUGUCCGAUCAAAUUCGACUGCUCCACGACGGACGUAGCACAGAUCGGAGUCUUUCCCGUCCAAAACGUGACGGACGAGAGUAUAUUCGUCGGCGUCCCACACAAUUGUAAUCGGAGUAUCGAAGCCAUGAAUCCGCUUUUCGGCGAGCAUUACGCACCUACGUCGGAGAACAGUUUCUUAAUGGAGGAUUGCAAGAACACAACCGAUGGUUGCUCGAUCAAGCAGACGUACUUGGAGAGACAGCUGAAACUGAAAAGCUGUGAUCGUCAGGGAAACGUGAGCUGUUUCUCUACAGAUGCGAAUUCGACAGCCAUGUUUUUCAGGAUGAAUGAUUUGAGGAAAAGCUCGUGCAAGUUGUUGUUCUCGUCGAUAGCUUUCGAGUCUGUAGGUGAGAAUGCGGGAAUAGCGCUAGAGUUUGAGCGAGUUAGGUUAGGUUGGUGGCUAAAGGGAGGCUGUGAAAACUCAACUUGCUCGGCAAAUGCCAGUUGUAAGGGCGUUGAAACUCCUGAUGGAGCUGCAGGACACCGGUGCUCAUGUCCCGAGGGUUACCAUGGAGACGGAUUCAUCAAGUCUCCUUGCCGAAAAGCAUUACCGGGCUGCCAUGGUUCCAGGCUCGUGUGGGGACAUUGUAGAUCUAAUCUUGCUAUUGUUGUAGGAGGAACUGUUGGUGGAGCAUUUUUGCUUGUUGGCUUGGCUUUUCUGUUCGUUUGUAAGCGGAGAAAAUCUGCUUCUUUCAGGAGCCAUUUAAGCGCAAAGCGUCUUUUAUCUGAAGCUGCAGGCAACUCAAGUGUCGCUUUUUUCCCUUACAAGGACAUCGAGAAAGCAACGAAUAGUUUCUCUGAAAAGCAGAGGCUAGGAACAGGCGCGUAUGGUACAGUCUAUAGAGGAAAGCUUCAAAACGAUGAAUGGGUUGCUAUCAAAAGACUCAGACACAGAGAUUCAGAGAGUGUUGACCAAGUCAUGAAUGAGAUCAAGCUUCUUUCUUCCGUGAGCCACCCGAAUCUCGUCCGUCUCUUGGGAUGCUGUAUAGAGCAAGGCGAUCCGGUUCUCGUUUACGAGUUCAUGCCAAAUGGAACAUUAUCAGAACAUCUACAAAGAGAGAUUGGUACCGGUCUUCCAUGGACAGUGCGUCUCACUGUUGCAACUCAAACAGCUAAAGCAAUUGCGUAUCUCCACUCUGCAAUGAACCCACCGAUCUAUCACCGUGACAUCAAAUCCAGCAAUAUCCUUCUUGAUUAUGAUUUCAACUCCAAAGUCGCUGAUUUUGGACUCUCUAGACUUGGAAUGACUGAAACUUCCCACAUUUCAACGGCUCCUCAAGGAACCCCUGGCUAUCUCGACCCACAGUACCAUCAAUGCUUCCAUCUCUCUGAUAAGAGCGAUGUCUACAGCUUCGGAGUCGUCCUUGCUGAGAUCAUAACGGGAUUGAAAGUCGUUGAUUUCACUCGGCCACACACUGAGAUCAACCUAGCCGCUCUCGCUGUUGACAAAAUCGGGUCAAAUUGUUUAGAUGAGAUCAUAGACCCGAUUCUUGACUCGAAUCUUGACGCAUGGACUCUCUCGUCGAUACACACCGUGGCUGAGCUCGCGUUCCGAUGCUUAGCCUUCCACAGUGACAUGAGACCAACAAUGACCGAAGUAGCAGACGAGCUCGAGCAGAUUCGGCUCAGUGGUUGGAUUCCAAACAUGAGUUUGGAUUCACCGAACGGUUCUCUUCGGUCAUCUGAUCGUGGAAGCGAAAGAUCAGUAUCGACUAAAAAAUCAUCAGCAGGAAGUAGAAGACUCGUUGUUCCGCAGAAACAAUCUGAUAUACUUGCUUCCGUUGAAGAGAUUAACGAUAGCUCACCGGUCUCGGUUCAAGAGCCUUGGUUAAGUGCACAGAGCUCACCUUCUACUAAUACGUUGCUCGGUAACAUUCCAAGGUGAUGAUGAUCUCAAUUCACUUUCUUGCCACUUUCAUGUUUAUAUAUAAGUCCCUCUUUGUGUAGCUUUUUCACAUCAUUCAGUGUUUAUAAUGCUAAGUAGAGAGAUUAACUACAAUGGUUUUAUUAUACACUUACGUAAACGAUCUUGAAACAAGAUCUUUUAAUCAGUUACCAUAUAAAGGUUUAGUAA